AUGCCGAUCAAGGCAAAGCCCAUUGACCCCAGUCGAGCUCGGCUUGCCUUGCUGGGUCAGUGGAAUCGGCAAGGUACGACGGCUUGCAGUCUCGCCACUCCCGCAAACGGCAGAGGGAAUGACAGUCGGGCCAUUAGCAGAGGCAGCAGCACAAGCACGAGUUCCAGUGAGGGAAGUCGUUCGGGCAAAAGAGGCCGUCGACCGCAGGACAAUCGCACGACGAAAACUGGAAGCAACGACAAUGGUGCGGCACCAGCGUUCUUAACAUCUGUAGGGGCGCCUGAAGGAGAGAGCGAUACAUCAGAUAGCGAUCCGGAGUUGUACCGCGCGGCUCGGGAGAGAACUGCACGGUUUUUGUACCCCAAUGGUCGUCCUGUUGUCAACAUCAGCAGCAGCAGAGACACUGCUGUUAGGGAAGAAAGUGGAAGGGCAACAAGGAAUGUGGAGAAAAUACACCUUGGUGUCUCACCGCCGCGGACCCCCAUGAAUCAACCUCCUUGUCGUUUGCACACUGGCAAUCAACAGAUCGAGCGGCAAAGUAGAAACAAUGAUACAAGUUUACUGAGCAGCCACGAGGAAUCCUCCCCGCCUCAUGGUGAACCACCCCUUGUUAUACAAGAGGCUCUUCGAGGGCCACAGGGGACAGCAGACAGUGCGACAUAUCGCGACUUUGCUCGUCUCAUGGAUCUUAUCGCCACGGACGUUCAGAAGGAGCGUGACGAAAAGCAGUUGCAGCAACAACAACAGCAGCAGCAGCACCAAAAAGCGCCAGAGGGUGAAGCUAAGCACACGACACUUCUUGUGAAGACUAAAGAGUACAGCCAGGGCCCUGGUCAACAAGGACAGAGCGAUACUUCCAAGAUGUACGUUGUUCCUCCAACCACAUUUGAUGAGUUACAGGAGCGUGUUCUCUUGCAGAUAUACGCUGCAAGCGAGGAAGAUGACAAUGCCAAGUAUUUCAUUGCCACGGAUCAUAUGGCGGAGGCGUUUACCUUGGCUGCACUGGAGGCGGCACGUGAUGAUAUUUCAGCAGACCCUACGGUCACCCUUGGGGCGCCAAGGGCAAUGGACGGUAAUAAUGCGAUUUCCAGACCGACGGGAACACCACUUUCCAUUAUGGAGAUUAUAGCCCUUGAGCGUGCUCGCCGAAACGCUCGGGCAGCUCUUCAGAGUCGCCAGGAGGAGGAGGAGGAGGUGGGGGGGGAAGUAACUCUUGGUCGAAAUUCAGAGGCAUUACUAUGUACGGAUGCGGACGUUAUUGCAGCUACAGCGGAGAAGUCAUUGUACCGUUUCCUGUUGGCUGUUCGUUGCAUUGAACGUGCGGUGCGCAAUCGGUGUGUGACCGAUGAUUUGGGUCGCUUUUUGUUUGCCCAUCACAAGCCAUUUCUUCAAGCUUGCAGUGACAAAGGGUUAACGGAGGAUGCGAUUCGAGAGUUCCCCCAUGAGGCCUUUACGGCGUAUGAGCGGUACUCUCGCUACGUGAGCAAAUUUAUAACUGAGUUGCUGACUCGAAAUGUUCCAAACUUUGAUAUGGAGGAAUUUGUCCUGGCGCUGUUUGAUGUGGAAAUAUACGGCGAAGAAGGCGACGCGCGUGAGGAAAACGUCUCGAUGGAUGUUUUAUCGUACCCUGCGUGGCGCCUGUUACUAUCCACCUCUUCCUUUAAUGAGUUCUGCACCUUCAUGGAUGACUUUAUUGCGGAGGAGUAUGGUGUGGAGAAGGUGGCUUUGCCUGACGGCAGUGAGGCCAAGGAUGACAGUAGGGCAAUGCCCUCUCGUUACGAUGAGAACGGCGUGGUUGUGGUGGCAGGCGCACGAGGGAUCCGUGCACUGCUGUCAAGGACGAAGGACAACAUGGCGAGGGUGACGGCAGCCGCCGGGGACGACACACUGCGGAUGGGGAUACACAACGAAGGUUCACACGUCGGCAGUGAUCCCUUUCUCCCUCUCCCUCAUGACAGCAGUGCCACCGAGAGUCGAGCGUCCCAUGAAAAGCAGAAGUCACCGUUGCGGGGAAAUUAUUCCGCAAAAGAGGCCGGCAUGCGUUCUGAUUUUGCCCUGAUGACGUCCUUGAAUUCUAACUCGGCUUUCUCUGUCACUUCCAGUGCGCCGCUUGCAAACAGUUCAAAAAGUCCACCACCGCUGCCUUCGCAAUAUACACAGCGCAGCAAAGGCAACCUUGGAUUCCUUAACUCGUUUCCCAAAGUUUCACAUGGGCGACGUCGGCCCGACGCACUGCCAGGACGCAAUUUGCCACCGUUACUUGCUGUGAAGGCGACAGAGGCGGCGGAGGCACUCUUCUCUACUGUUCCAUCGAAGCUAAAUGAAAGUCUCGAGGACACCGCCUCUCUUCCAGAUCGUUCCGGGACGGCGUCUCUGACAAGGGGACGCAGUGGGAGGGGUAAUCACUCCAGCGGAGAGACCAAUUCUUAUCACGAGAGUGAACCUCCUUCCUUGACUAGUGCUAGUUGUGGUCACAAAAGGAAAAGCAAGGAUAGUAGAGGCUGUAGCGGCACACAGACGGGUGCUGGCGCUGGGGGCACAACAACAGUAAAAAAACCACGAGGGAAGAAGACACCAUCUGUUCCACGCCGCUAA